CAAAGGAAAGGACGACAACAGAGCAUUCAAACCAGGUCCAUUCAAGGAGGACAGCAGAGCAUUCAAACCAGGUCCAUUCAAGGAGGACAGCAGAGCAUUCAAACCAGGUCCAUUCAAGGAGGACAGCAGAGCAUUCAAUUCAAGGGCGAUCCAGGAAGGACGUUUUCAAACAAAAUCAAUUUUUCGCGGGCAAUUGGAAAGAUGCAAAAUUUACUAAUGUAUGUACUAAUGGGCGUAUGUUCCGCUCACGGCGUUGAAAAAUAUACCGAUGAAAAAUUAACUACGCAAGCCGGCCUGUAUUUUGAAAACCAAGGUCCGAUGAAAAUAAUGACAACACAGUGGACCAUAGUAGCUUCGUACGAUAUUUCACACUUUUACGAAAGGAAAAAUGUAAUAGACGAAUAUAUGGGGGCAACGUACAAAUUGUGUAAUUAUUUAAAAGACCGGAAUAUCACUCAAACCAAUUGUGAGACUAUUUAUUCAUUAACUAAAUUAGUUGCAUUUAUCGCAGAGGAAAAAAGAAAUAUAAUAUACGAAACAAUAGGUCGCUCCCGUAUCACAAAAAGGGGGUUCCCGUUGAAAAUGAUAGCAAAGGCAGCCCAGAUUAUAUUUGGGUUAUGUGACCAAUUCUGCGUUCUACGCCACAACGCUAAUGUAAAAAAACGUAUUGAUACAAAUACCUCUGAAGUAAACGACGUAGGAAAACAACUAAGGGUUAUCAAGCUCGAGGAUGAGCACGAGAGGGGGCCAGCUGUUUUAAUUGAUUUAAACGAUGCUAUCCAUCAGCUGACAAAUAUGACAAACGAACUGAACAUAAAGAGCUAUUUAGCUUAUCAUUUUUUUCAGACGAACCUCGUCUUACAAUUAUAUUUAUCUGAGACAACUAUGUUGUUCGACGUCAUACAAGCAGCUAAGGUAGGGUUAGUUCAUCCCAGUCUAAUGAGUGCACCAGAAUUACUAAAACAAUUCAUGGUCAUUAAAAUAGGGUUACCCAGUGGGACAGAUCUACCCAUGGAACUAAACGUAAAUAACGUAGAAGAGAUGAUGCCUCUCUCAGACAUUACAAUAUAUUAUUCAGACGACAAAAUUGUAUUUAUUAUAACUGUACCUUUAGUAUAUCAACAUGAAUUAACUCUUUUUCAGCUUAUACCAAUACCAAUUUGUAACCAAAAUAAUUGUUUAUACGUAAAACCUAAUCAUAAGUAUUUAGCAAUAAGUAAGUCAAAAGAAUUGUAUUCCACUUAUGACGAAAUCGAUAGAAGUCAAUGUAAGCAUGCCAAUGAUUUCCUCAUGUGUCCUGAAAUAUAUCCUUUACAUCCUAGAAGUGUACGCCCAGUAUGCGAGGUACUUCUACUACAAGAUCCGAAGGAAGUUCCGGAGAGUUGUGAGAUAAUGCAUGUCCAGUUACAAACGAAUCUAUUUCAUAAAUUAAAGUUCAAGAAUGAUUGGAUCUACGCUACUCCAGGAGAAACCGUAUUUAUCACAUGCGAUCACGACAAGCGAAGCAAAAAUCACUUCUUAGAGGGAGUAGGAAUAUUGUCAAUUAACGAGACAUGUAGAGCAUACGCAACACGAGACAUAUUGAUUCCACACAAAAUAGAAAUGGACAACGAAUACGUCGAUUUCAUACCAAAUUCCAAAAUAAGGGAAUCCACGGAAGCAUAUAUUGGUUUAAACAAUAACAUUUUAAAAAACAAACACGUACGAACAAAUCAAAUGUUCGACUUAAAUAUAGUUGCACAGUCUACAUCGGAGAUAAAAGAAAAAAUGUCACGGGACGUCGAAGCGGAAGAAAUCAAAACCAGUAAAACCAAGCAUGACUAUUUACUAUAUGUAAUUAGUGCUAUAACUAUUGUCAGUCUCAUUCUGUUCUUAGUAAGUUGCAUCGAACAAUUACCUUGGUGCGCCCAGACGCGCCCUACACGACAAACGCACGCAAACAGUCUCGGACAAGAAACAGAAGUUGUCCGACUUCCGAUUUACGAGCAACCCGAGAUAACCGAGAACCAGCAGGCAACCCUCAGUUCCAGACAUUCGCCGAGAAACGAAAUCCAACAGGAAACAUUAAUACCCAGGAGCACGGCAUAUUCCGUGUACCCGGCCAUCCCAUCUUUAUGA